AGGGCACAAGCCGCUUGGCUCAAGCCACCGGCCACCCUGUUCACGAAACUCUGGUCUGACCUGACUCCAUGGAAAUGAAGUGGGCAAAGAGGUGCCUUCUGGCACUCAUCUUGGUCCAGGGAAGCUUCGGCUUCCGCAAGAAGGCAGAGAAGGGCCUCCGGGGCCUGCCGAGGGAACCAAAGGCUCUCCUGGAGGAGUUCGAGCAGGUUCUCGGAGCAGAGCAUCGUGAGGCUGCUGAGUUGCGCCUCCACGACUUUGAGGAGGAUCUCCGCGUCACCUUCAAGGCCCUGCCGAAGAACCCGCGGGGGGCUGUGGAGGCACCGUCGGCGCGCUAUGCGCUGCACAGGCUGUUUAACAAGCGGCACGGCUGGCAGAUCAAGGGUCUUGAGACUGCCGGAGGCGCUUGGGAUGCCGAGUCGCCAGUGCUGGCAAUGGGCGACCGCGUGCCUUCCCAAAUGCGAGAGCUCUUUGAGGACCGCCUGGGCUCCUAUGGGCUGACACUGCAUGAGCUCGCGGUGCUGGCUGCCACGAUGGAGAAGAUGUUCGAGAAGGACGUGGACGAGCGCCUGAAGAUCGUCUUCCGGGCCAUGAAGGUGAACCCCGAGGACAAGGUGUCUCACCCCCAGGCGGAAAGCCUGCUUUGGACCUACGUGGCGGUCUUCAUCACCGGCUCUCCUGUGGAGCUGCUCAGCGAAGGAGAAGUGCGGCGUGCCCUGACGCACUUUGCCGCCAGGUUCCCGCGCCAUGUGGAGACCAAAGCUUUGCUGCUCCACAUCACCGAGGAGGUGGCAGGAGUCAACACCGAGUACGACUUCCAAAUCCUCCGGAAGAUCCUGUCCAUCUUCGGCCAGCGCCUGGGCGCCCUCGAGGACCGCGAGUGCCAGGUGAUGAAGGGCAAGCUGAUGACGGUGGAAGAUCGCGCAGGCAGCGGACUGGUCCGUCUCGGCGAGUUCUACGGCACCAACAAGCUGAACUUCCACUUCACGGAGGGCCCGGACUACUUGCGCGCUAACGGCGUGCUGGAUGAGAGCGACCCCUCGGACCCCAAGGUGAUGAUUCCGAACUACCUGGCCAGCCCCUCCAAUUGCGUCCAGCCCUCCGGCUAUUACAGCAUUUGCUGCUUCGAUGAGUGCGAGGCUUUGAUGGACCAGGUGGAGCAGGGCCUGGAAGCGCCGAUGAGCACCCCAGAGAAGAUCGCAGCCCUCGUAUCGAACCUUCCCUCUGCGACGCAGCGAGGCAACCGCACGCUGUCCCCGCGACUCCUGGGGCUGCUGGAUGAAGUGGCCAACCACCACGGCGGGAUGGUGCCGCUGCAUGGGCGGCUCUUCGCACAGUGGAUGCACGAGGCCUACCCCCGCGAGUGCAACUACCCAAGUGCUGGCUCUACGUCACGCGACCGAUUCGCGCAGACCCUGGAUGUCGAACACGUCAAGGAUGAGGAGCGCAGCAAGUACUGGAAUCUUGCCAAGUCGCGGGAGAACAGCAGCAGCACUGAGACGACCACUUCCCGAUGGGUUAUGAAGGAGGAGCUGGUGGACCAGAAGGCCUUCCAGGCGCAGGUGAAGUCGUCCUUGAAGAGCGACCUCACGGUCUUUGGGACCUUGGGCUUCGUGGGCAUGGCAUUUGCCAAGCUCCUGAUGCCCAGCAGGCCGAAUAUGAAGAAGGAGAUCUAGACUACCACAGAGGACGUGCAAAGUCUGUGAGAUGGCCAACGCUCAGCGCUCUGCGAGCGCAAAAAAAGAUCUGCGCGGUCUGCGGGUGUCAUCGCAGU